GCGUCGUCGGAGUUACUUGUGUUGGCUCGCACGGCGCUACGCCGUCUAUUAGUGACUUCGAUAUCUCGGUUGUUUUUUGUUUUUGAAGUUAGUGCGAAUAAUAACAAUAGUGCUAAUUGGUUUCGUGCUUUGAUUGACCGUAUAAAACCUAUUCUGACGGCACUGAAAUAACACAUCCCGGGAAGAGCAUGCCGGAUCCAACGCGCAUCGAAUCCUUGGUGAAGGAAUUCAACGAUAACACCCAUGGGCCGAAAAAAUUGCAUCAGUCCAGGACCCGCUUCAUGCCCAUCGUCUUCGGUCGGGAUGGGGCUCAACCAAAGGCCGGUCCCCGCAGUGCGGAAGCGCAGGAUUUCUACGCACUGCAAAAACGCUGCCUCCGCAGCGGAACCCUGUUUGAAGACCCGGAAUUCCCGGCCAACAGGUCAUCUCUUACGUUCAACGAAGAAUCUCGCCCGAAUUUGAAAUGGCUCCGGCCCAGCGAAAUCUCCUCCGAUCCACGGUUCUUCGAGAACAGCUAUUCCCGGUUCGACGUGAAUCAGGGUGAGCUGGGUGACUGUUGGCUACUGGCUGCUGCGGCGAACCUCACCCAAGAUCCGCAACUGUUUACGAGGGUUGUCCCGGAGGAUAACAGCUUCAAGAAGGACUAUGCAGGGAUCUUUCACUUCCGGUUCUGGAGGUUUGGACAGUGGUACGAUGUGGUUAUCGACGAUCGAUUGCCAACCGUUCGCGGUAAGUUGGUCUACAUGCGGUCCACCGAAGAUAACGAGUUCUGGAGUGCUCUGCUGGAGAAAGCAUAUGCGAAGCUUUUUGGAUCUUACGAGGCCUUGAGGGGUGGGUCGGCGAGUGAGGCGAUGGUGGAUUUCACUGGAGGGAUAGCAGAGUCGUAUGAGAUGAAGGACGCUCCGAAGGAUUUGUAUCAGAUCAUUGAGAAGGGGUUCAAUAGUCAUGCAAUGUUUGCAUGUAGUUUGGAACCGGACCCGUACAAACCGGAGGCGGAGACUCCACAGGGUUUAAUCCGAGGACAUGCAUACUCCUUGACGAUGGCCAAGAUGGUGGAUAUUCAGACGCCAAAUGUGAAGGGGAAGAUCCCGUUGAUAAGGCUGAGAAAUCCUUGGGGUAACGCUAACGAAUGGAACGGAGCGUGGAGUGACAAGUCUCCGGAGUGGAAGUUUAUCCCAGAGGAAACCAAACGCGAUAUUGGAUUGAUCUUUGAAAUCGAUGGCGAGUUUUGGAUGGCGUUUCAGGAUUUUCUGAAAUAUUUUGACCGAAUUGAUAUCUGCAAUAUGAGUCCGGACUGUCCCAUCAUUCGAAAGAGUGGGAAUUACCCUUGGAAACAGUCGGCAUUUGAAGGUGAAUGGGUCAUUGGAAGCACUGCUGGUGGUUGCCGGAACUAUCCAGAUACCUUCUGGCAUAACCCUCAGUACGUCGUUCAUCUGAAAGUUCCGGACAAAGACGACGACGAAGCCAAAGCAACUGCCAUAAUUGCACUAUUGCAGAAAAACCGACGAUCCAAACAGUACAAAGGCAUGGAGUGUCUUACAGUAGGUUUGAUAAUCUACCGAGUAACAGAGCGUGAUCUUGUCCGGAAACCUCUACCCAAAGAAUUCUUCCUACGAAAUGCAUCCGUAGCUCGGUCGACCUUCGUUAACUUGCGUGAGGUUACCUAUCGGUUCCGAUUAGAUCCCGGAACGUAUGUAGUGAUUCCGUCGACAUUCGACCCGAACGUUGAAGGAGAGUUCAUGAUCCGGGUGUUCUCCGAGUGCCCGGAUUGCAUGACAGAGAACGAAGACUGUGUUGGAGAGUGCGAUUUGGAUCCCCGGGUGGCGCCAGAUAGUAACAACAACGAUGUACCAGUAGUUCCAAUCAAAUCAAAGGGUCCGGAUCCUACGAAACCCGAUCCCCAGCGAGAAGCCAUGGAAAAGCUUUUCCUGGACGUGGCAGGCAUCGACGGCGAGGUUGACUGGAUGGAACUGAAAAUGGUUUUGGAUCACUGCUUCCGCGAUGACAUUGCGAUCGCGGCCAAAGGAGUAUCCCGUAGUUACCAUGUGGCGCCCGUAGAAGCACAUGUCAAAAAACCUACGACAGCUCAAGGCGAAGUCGUGUGCUGUGGCCUGUUGGCCAUCCUUCAGGAUUGGUACCUCAACAUGGCCGGAGGAGACAAUCGACCUCCACAGAGUACUUCCGGAGACUACAUGAUCUCAACGGAACGAGCACCUCUUUUGGCCGGUGAGAUGGAUCCGGAUUCCAGUGGUAUUGGUUUCUCCAAGGACGCAUGCCGCUCAAUGGUGGCCAUGCUGGACGAGGAUCAUUCCGGGAAGCUCGGGUUCGUCGAAUUUCGGAAACUGCUAACGGAAAUCGCUCGAUGGAAGGCGGUGUUCAAACUGUACGAUACGGACCGUUCCGGGCAUUUGAAUCCGUUCGAACUGCGGGCUGCUCUGCAAUCGGCCGGCUACCACUUAAACAAUAAGAUUCUCAACAGCUUGAUGCAUCGGUAUGGAUCGCGUGAAGGGGAGAUAUGGUUCGAUGACUUCAUCACCUGUGCGGUGAAGAUCAAAACCAUGAUCGAUAUCUUCCGAGCAAAGGACGUCAAAGGAAUCGCUUCGUUCAACAUGGACGAAUGGAUUCAGAAGACUGUUUAUUGUUAAUAUUUACUGUUAUGGAAGCUAGUGCUCGACUAAUGCUUUAACAAUGCAGUUUUUCUUAUGAACUCGGAUCGCGUACUUUGAAACAAAGUUCAACUUUUACUGUUAGUUGUGCACGUGAAUAAAUUCUUUUGUUGUUUUGAAUUUCAU